CAUGAGAAAAAUUAAUAUCAUUUUCUUUGCUUGUGUUUGCAAUUUUUUAUAAAAAAAGUAAUUUUCACUGAAGAAUCUAUUUUAUAUUUUUGUAUAUUUGUAUAUCUGAGAGAAAGUUGUUUCAAACUUGCUUUACACAACAAUAUAAAACAACAACAACAAUAUAAAAAUAUCGCUGUGCAAAUAAUGUGAUUAUUUCGUUUCGAGAAAUGAUCUAUGUAUAAGGUAUAUCAUGAUAUCAUGUCCGAUCAUUGUUUGUCUAUGAUAUUCAAAAUGUGUAAACUAAAUCUCUGAGGGAAAACAUUUUUUCUAUGUCCUCUAGACUCAUAUGACUUGUGUUAUUCAAUUUUAUCUUCAAAUAUAUUCGAUAAGCGAAACAGUCACAGUUUAUUCGUGCGGUGUAACAAAGUAAAGAAGAUUAAUUUAGUGCUCUAAAUUCAUAUUUCGUGACAAAGAAUUUAUUUCUGCUUUUUAUUAUAAUUUUUUUAUUUAUUCAUUAAGAAGAAAACUGAAAAUGAACAUCGAGCAGAAUGCCAAAAUGAUUUUAAAGGCAUGUAAGGAGCAAGGAUUACAAGAAAUACUACAAUGUUCAUUUCUUGCUGAUUGUUCGGCGCCAAAUCCACCCCAGCGAGUAUUAACAACUGAACAACUAUCGCCGGAAAUAUCGAUUUAUUACGUAAAAAACAGUGAAGAGGCAUUCAGUCUGGAGCUGAAGAAAUUUUGUUUGAAAAAUCCCAUUGCGAUAUUACGCCAUCUCGAUGCAUCGGUCAAUAUUGAUCUAGACCUUUUUUCGUCUAAAACUUUAGCUCAAAUAGAUCCACAUUUAAAUAUCGAAAUACGUGAACAAAAUAAAUGUUCUCCUGAUGAGAAUUGGGACAAGGGACGCAAGAAAAAGGUCUGGGACUGCUUCAGUUCCUUAAGUCGCAUGACAAUGUUGGAAUACACGAGAUAUCAACGACGAAUUCAAAGGCAGAACAAUUCCGAUCAAAUGAACAUGGAUGAAGAAAACAAAAAAUUGAAAUUCGCUACCAAUAUAGAUCUGUCGAACAAGAAAAAGUGGAAAGAUCAAUUUGACGAAUUGAUGAAGUUACCACCAUUCCUCAGAGUAGAAGAUAACAGCAAUAUGCUCAGCUAUGUGGGCGAAAUCUUAGGGAUGAAUACCUUGCAAUUAUACAUGAAGGUACCCGGAUGCAGGACCCCCGGUCAUCAGGAGAAUAACAAUUUCUGUUCUGUCAACCUUAAUAUUGGACCGGGUGAUUGCGAAUGGUUCGCAGUACCGCAGGAAUACUGGGGUGCAAUGCAUACGCUCUGUGAACAAAAUAAUGUCAAUUAUUUGAAAGACAGUUGGUGGCCGCCGAAUUUGAACGUUCUGCACGAGAACAACAUUCCGGUAUACAGAUUCAUUCAGAAAUUAGGCGAUAUCGUAUGGAUAAAUGUCGGCUGCGUGCACUGGGUACAGUCAAUUGGUUCGUGCAACAAUGUCGCGUGGAACGUUGGCCCAUUCACCGUCUCGCAAUAUUAUAUGGCGAUCGAACGUUACGAAUGGAAUAAAUUGCAACGGUUUAAAUCAAUCGUACCGAUUGUGCAUCUCUCGUGGAACCUAGCGUGCGAUGCUAAUGUGACAAAUGUGCAAUUGUCCAUUCUAAUAAAAAAUUGCCUAUCGCUAACGAUGAAGCAGAGUUACUUGAUAUUAAAGUUUGUGAAGAGGAAGAAUGUGGAAAUAAUCUAUCACGGCCGCCGUAAAGACGAUCAUACGCCUUAUUGUCAAAAUUGUUAUGUCGAGGUGUUCAAUGUAUUAUUCAUUUCCAAAUUAAAAAAAAACAAACCACAUGAAGUGUACUGCAUAAAAUGUGCGCUUAAGCGAUCUCGUUCGUUGAGGGGAUUUACAUGUUUAAAGGAAUAUCAUUUGAAUACUUUAAGGAACAUUUAUGACAAAUUUGUUCUACGACUCUCAUCAUCGCAUGGAAGUCGUCGAUCAUUGAGCACCAGCAUAAAAUAACUUUAAUCUUACAGUAUUUUCAAUUGCAGUGGAUCUUAACUUAUAUUAUCAUAAUGCACUUUUUGUAAACGAGAUGGACAUAGAAUACGAAACAUUGAAAAGAGGAAAAACGAAAAAAAAAAAA